UAUGAUUAAACACCCGCUAUAUCUAAUAAAAUCGAUUAUAAGUACGUGAGUAUCGUAUGAAUAUACACCACUAGUAUUAUACUUCUCCAUUAAUUAUUACGCUAGUUUCUAUUCUAUUCACUUCGUUGGGCGAUACUAAAAGGGAGCGUUCAGAAUUUUUAAAACUUUCUAUGCUGCACACUUUGAUAAGUCUGUGAAAAUUUUUUUCAUGCACAUGUUGUAUAGACAUCUCUCACUAAAUAGGAGUUAACUUCGUUUCAUGACAGAGAGACAAAUGUUAGUGUAUAAACGGCAUUUGACAUGAAAGGUUCAAAACGUUCAGCUAAUCAAGGUGCUUCUCAUUGCAAGUAUAAUAGUUAAUUAUGAUUAGCAGAAAACCGGAUGAGUCACACUUCGUUAAUAUUUUUGAUACUGAUAGAUUUUAAAUGGGCAAUACAGUUAAACCAAUAUAUUUUAACAUUGAUCGGUUUGUGGCCUACGUCGAAACAAACAAAAUGGGAAAAGUUUACAUGUGACUUACGUGUGCUUUUCACCUUCUUGGUGCCGACGGUAGUUAUUAUAAUUCCUGCUAUACAUUCUUUGAUAAGGAUACGAUCAAACAUUAUGUUAGUGAUAGAAAAUUUACAAUUUACUUUACCGGCCAUUACUGCCAUGUUGAAAGUUGUUACUUUUUGGUGGAAAAAAGAAGUUGUCACAGCGAUAAUAGAUAUGAUUGCAUAUGAUUGGAGAAAGCCAAAAUUUUCUUGGGAAAAGAUGAUGAUGAUUACAAAAGCGCAAACUGCGCGUAUAAUUACGGUGUCUUGUUGCGCUAUAAUGGGAGCAGCUUUUAUGAUUGCAAUUAUCCUGCCUGCAUGUGGCUUUUUAAUGUUAUAUUCAUCAAAUAUUACUGAUCCAGGCAAACCGUUACUAUUCCAGGCAUAUUACAUUUACGACAUAACUAAAACCCCACAGUACGAGAUAACAUUCAUUCUUCAAUUUAUCGCGAUGUUUCUCUGCGGUUUACCUUAUACAGGCAUAGAUACCUUUCUUAGCCUGUUAAUAUUUCAUAUCAGUGGUCAGCUGGAUAUCCUAAAGAACCGCAUUACACGUCUAGAUAAAUUCACAAAUUAUACUGGUGCUUUAAAGAGUUGUGUAAUAGAUCAUGCACGAAUACUUAGAACCAUUAAUUCUGUGGAAAAUACAUUUAAUAUAAUGCUGCUUGCAUUAUUUUUAUAUUUUGGUAUUUUCUUAGUCUUUUAUGGAUUCAUGAUUAUCGAUAUUCUAGAAGACAAGAACCACGUAUCAACUUUUCGAUUGACAUAUCUCAUUGUAAUAGUUAUUAAUUCAUUUAGUCACAUGUGCGUUUACUGUACAAUAGGUGAAAUUUUAAUAUCACAGUGCGAUAAAAUCCAUUAUGCUGCAUAUUCAAAUGAAUGGUAUACUCUAGAUUCAAAAGAUGCGCGAAAUAUGAUUCUUUUAAUGGUUAUGUCUAAAGAACCUCCCUAUCUUACGGCUGGGAAAAUAUUUCCUGUAACAAUGACUACAUUUUGCAAUUUAAUAAAAACAUCGGGUGGUUACAUAUCUGUUUUACUAACGACAAGAGAUCAGUUUGAUCUACUUCCAGAUUUCGAGUGGGCAGUUCAACUGAAUCGUUUCAGUCUGAAACUCUUGGGUCUUUGGCCAGAGGAAGCCGCCAGUUUACAAGACAGAUUGAAUUCAAAUUUACGACUGUUUGGAGUCUUCAUUCUCAUCAACGGUGUUUGCACCGUGCCGUCGUUGCACUUACUAUUGAAAAUUUGGGGUGAUAUAAAUGCGAUGAUAGACAACUUUGUAUUCACCUUACCUUUAUUGACGGUAUCCGCGAAACUAUUAAUUUUGUGGUGGAAACGAGAAGCAUUAUCCUCAUUGAUGACGAUGAUCAUUCAUGACUGGAUUAAGUCAAAGUCCAAAGAUGAGCGAAACGUUAUGAUACGUUGCGCGCAUAAUGCCCGAAUAAUCAUCACAUUCAGCUACAUCGUAAUGUUUUGUUCGUUCAUAAUCCUGGUCGUUUCUACCGCGUUCGGGUACAGCGUGAGACACGUUACGAAUAUCACAGACACGAAGAAACUGCUACCAUUACAGGGAUAUUACAUGUACAAUACGUCCGUGAGCCCGCAAUUUGAGCUGACGUUUCUCGUUCAAUGCAUUAGCAUGAUAAUGAUCGCACUUUCUUACACGGGCACCGACAAUUUCCUUGGAUUGCUCGUCUUUCACAUCUGCGGCCAACUGGAGAACCUGACGAGCCGUCUGUACCAAAUGCGCGAAUCCAAGGACUUCGCUAUAGCGCUGAGAAUCAACGUAAUUGAUCACAUACGUCUUAUCAGAUCUGUUGCAAUUAUCGAAGAUGCUUUUACAUUAACGCUGCUAUUCUUAUUUCUGUACUUCGGAAGUAUGUUCUGUAUUUAUGGAUUCCUCGUCGUCACGGUAAUCGUCGAGGAGAAAAAUGUACCCGUCAAGAAAGCAAUCUUUCUGAUUAUGAUUAUUUGUACGGCGUUUACUCAUAUGUGUGUCUAUUGCGCUGUUGGUGAACUAUUAAUCAUAAAAUAUGAAGAGGUUUACAAUGCGGUGUAUGAGUUCGAAUGGUAUACUCUGGAUACGAAGAAGGCAAAGAAUUUCAUUUUUUUAUUAGUUCGUAUGAACAAGCCGCUUUAUAUUACAGCUGGGAAAAUGUUACCUAUGACAAUGGCUACGUUCUGUAGCAUAUUAAAAACAUCGGGUGGAUAUAUAUCAGUUUUACUCGCAAAUCAAAAUUAAGAAAA